AUGAAGAAACUCAUAACUAGUAAAGCUUCUCAAAACAACAGCAAACCGAAGGAGAUGGCAAAAGGAUCGAGGAAACCGAAACCACGUGGAUUGGACGAUAAAGAAGAGCAAUCAACAGCCAAGUCUUCUAGAAAUACGAAGCGUACAAAGAAGAAGAAUCCGGUUCAGUCGCCAGCAAUCUCCCCCGGACCAAAGUCUCAGGUGCAACCGAAGAAAGACAAGAACGAUGUGAGUAUUGCUGAGGAUGAGAUGAUACCCGGAUCAGCCAUCUCCACCAUAAGCACUGUUUCAACUGUUUCAACUGCUGGAGUCAUGGAUCUUCCCCCACAGACUCCGCCGAAGAAAGAGGUAGUUGCAUCGACUCGUAAGACCAAAGCAGUACACAGUGACCAGCCGUGUCAAUCGAAUAAGAAUGGACAUACUCCUACGGAGAAAUGGGUCGGAGAAGCUGCAGCGAAAUCAUGGAUGGAUAAGGCUGAUUUUGCCAAAGUGAAAGCUGACUUCGAAAAGAUUCAAUCAGUUUCUGUGAACAUCGAAAAGGAUUGUAAGAAGUGGAAAUCACACUCCAAAUUGAACCAAUCCGAAGACUAUCCAGCAUUGGAUGCAAAUCUGGUGAAGGUAGAAAACGAAUAUGUGAACAUGAGUCAAAUAGAUGUUCCCCUUGGACGAGGUGUUCUCGUUGGACAACUUCCAGUCAAAAAUUCGGAAGAAUCCUUUUGGAAAGCUGUCUUCGAGAAACACGUAGCCCACAUUCUUGUCAUCAUUGGUUCUGAAAGUUACGACUUUUUCCCACACAAAGUUGAAGACUACCGUAACUAUGGUCAGAUGUGGGUCAACAAUAGACGAGUGGAACAACUGAAUGAUGAUAUCUGCCGUUACAUGAUUGAAGUCUUGCCACAUGGAUGUUCCAAUUCGAUUGUUUGCAAUCUGACAGUUAUCAAAAACUGGAACAUCGACAGUGUUCAUGCCAAAUAUUCGGUUGUCAUCAAAGAGACAAUUGAGUUGACCACUUUUUUGUCGCAAGCGGCAAGUGAAGAAACUGCAUUGAUCAUUUCCCAUCAUGGUGCUGGUCGUGCUGGAUUCUUCCUUUCUCUUUCUGUUGCUGUCAACAAAUUGGAAUCGAAUACUGAGCCUUACAUCGCGGACAUCGUCAAAAAGAUUCGUGAUCAACGUCCGAAAGCAGUGGAGACACUGACUCAAUACGCUUCCCUGUACAUCUCGUUGUUCUAUUUCAUCAAAAAAAAAGUUGUGAAAGUGGACGGUGAUAAGAAAGCAUCUCCAUCUGAUCCUUUGGGAAAGAAAUCAGUUGAGUUGACACAAAGUUUCACGAACUCUUUGAUUGCCGAAGCAACGCAACCAAGUCUUAUGAGAUCAGCAAUGACGGAUGCCUCGAUUGCUGGAUCCACUGUAAUGAGUUCAGCCAUUUCCGGACAGAAAUGA